AUGUACCCGAACCGGAAGUUUUACAAGAUGAUCAAAUCAUUGUCAUCAACAAUUUUUUUUUCAAAAGACCUCUGUCAAGAACUCAUCAAGUCAUUUGAGUCGCAACUAAAGCUAGAAACAACACCAUUGAUCAAGAGCAAAGAAUAUGCCGCUAGAUACAACGAUCGAGCGUCGAUAACUGAUGCACAAGCUGCAGACGUCUUAUGGCGAUAUAUAAAACACAUUUUACUAGCGUCGACAAAUUCCUGUUAUGAAGGUGGCAAUGGUAAUGAUAAGGAAAGUAGUAACAACAACGAAGGAGAAGACGAAGAUGAUGAUAAUGACGACGAUGCUGAUUCUGAUGCUGAUGCUGAUCCUGAUGCUGAUCCUGAUUGUGCACGGAUUAGACGAAUCUUUUCCUCGGCAGUAGGCUUGAACCCACAGUUGCGUGUCUACAGAUACACCCAGGGCCAUCAUUUCGGUGCACAUUAUGACGAAUCAGUUACAUGUCCUAUCCCAUUAAAAGGCAAAAAAAUGGGCAAAACAGGAUGGACAUUGUUAAUAUAUCUCACUGGUGGUGAGGAGUUUGUAGGUGGUGGGACAAUUUUUCACCCAGAGUUUCAUAGAGGAAAGCAAAUCUCAGACUAUAUAAAUGUUCAUCCGAGUAAAGGCAUGGCAUUAUUACACAAACAUGGAGAUUCAUGUUUGAAACACGAGGCAGAGAUUGUUAGACGUGGUGUUAAGUGGGUAUUAAGAAGUGAUGUCGUUUAUCCUAUUUAG